UACACCGUUUGUUUGUGUCUCCCGGCGUGCCAUAACUAACUAUCGGGCAUUUCUACUUGUCAUCAUUGAAGCUCAGCGGCUUGCAUUUCAAAAGUCAUGUUUCGCAACCAGUAUGAUAGCGAUGUUACUGUGUGGAGUCCGCAGGGACGACUCCACCAGGUGGAGUACGCAAUGGAGGCCGUGAAACUUGGCACCGCAACCGUGGGCCUGAAAAACAAAGAUUAUGCUGUACUUGUCGCCCUCUGCAAGCCGACAUCGGAGCUAUCGGACACCCAGCGCAAGAUCAUCCCAAUCGAUGAUCACCUGGGCAUUUCCAUUGCUGGUCUCACGGCUGAUGCCCGCGUCCUUAGCCGGUACUUGCGCUCCGAGUGCCUGAACUACAAGCACUCGUACGAUUCAACCUAUCCAGUCUCGCGUCUGAUCACUAACCUGGGCAACAAGAUGCAGACCACCACUCAGCGCUACGAUCGCCGUCCGUAUGGAGUGGGCCUUUUGGUCGCCGGCUACGAUGAGAGGGGUCCGCACAUCUAUCAGGUCACGCCAUCGGCGACCUUUUUCAAUUGCAAGGCCAAUUCGAUUGGAUCGCGUUCACAGAGCGCACGCACCUAUCUGGAGAGGAAUUUGAACAAGUUCUUGGACUGCUCCAAAGAUGAAAUCAUCCGUCACGGAAUUCGGGCUAUACUCGGUACCCUGCCCACGGAUGAGCAUCAAGGCAAAGAUAAUGCCGGACAGUUCGACAUCACUGUGGCCAUCGUCGGCAAAGACCAGCCAUUCAAAAUGUACUCUGUUAAAGAAAGCGCCAAGUACGUGGCUCUUGCAAAACUGAAUGACACUGAUACGCCCAGGAACGACGACGACGAUGACCGCCCAUCUCCCCCAGAGGAACCAACAGCCGGACCACGCGACCCAGAAGUCCUGGUUGCAACCGAGCAGCGUCCUUAGACAUUUAUAGGGCUAUGAAAGCAUCUUAACCAUUAAAAAUGUAAGAUUCAAGGAUACAAUAAAAUUGUUCAUGCAUUUGCAUAGAUCCUAAAACGGAA